CUGAGAGCCUUUGCCUUCUCUUGACAAAUGACAGUACCAUAAACAUAAUCAAUUUCAGCGUCAAUAUGUCAAUCAAGCAUUUUUUGUGGAUUUAAUAUUUUUCUUGGAUUGUAUUUAGUAUAACACAAAACUAUAAUAUCGCAAAAACAAAAAUCGAAAACACCUCAAAAUGUUAUUAGUUAUCCACAAUUUACCGUCUAAUACGCGGUACAGUGAUGUAAAGAAUCUUAUACAAAAGCAAUGCGCGUUAAAUAACGUGAUAUUGGACAACUUGGUGAACGAAGGCACUUAUAAAAAGGUGACGGUCGGCGUGGCUGAGGAAGGUGAUGCCGUGGUCAUAGAGAGAAAACUAAACGGAAUGAUGCUGGGCGGGAAUAGUUUGUACGUUGAAGAUAUGCGGAAAAAAAAGGGGAAAUCAUAUGACGCUAAUAAAAGUAGUAGGUGGAACACACCCCCAAUAUCCAAUAAUCUGCCAUCUUUGUUGGGUCACAAUACCAUGAACUUCGGACAAAACACAUCAAGGUUUAGUCAAAAUAAUCCUGUCAUGGGACAGAUGAUGGAGUUAAAUACUUCAAUGAGGAGCCAAAAUAACUCAAUGGGGUCAAUUGCACCCCUAAUGAGUCAAAAUACGCCAUUCAUGGGACAAAUCACACCCCUGUUGGGAACACCCCCUGGACAAAUGGUGCAAAGUGGCCCCUUGAUGGUGCCACCUCCAUUGAUGGGCCAGGCCCCUUCAGCAUUCUCCGGGCCGUUUUACAUGUCUCCACAGAGUAAUGACUACGGGAAUUACAAUAGUGGUCGGCCAAUGGCGGAUCAGUAUUCCAGCGGAAAGGACACCGCGCCAUCCAAAAAUUACGGGUACCCUGACACAGGGACCCACAAAAACGUGCCAGACAAACCAAUACCUGUCUGGGCCACGUCCGAGGAGAAUAGUAACUACAGCAAUAGAGGGUACUUGGGAAACGAGCCGGAUCGGUACCAGAACCGGCAGGGCUCGCGGCGUACCAAGUGGGACAGCGGCCAGGAACAGUACGAGUCGGCGGCCACGCGCGACACGUCCAAACGUGUGCGUCCGUGGGCCGCCGACCACAGCCCCCCCUACACCCGGCCUGAGUACGAGCCGUUCGACAGAUCCUAUGAUCGCGGACAGGAGCGUUACUCGCGGCGGACGGGCGAUUCUGGUUCCAACGCGUACCAGAGGCGGCCGUUCGACACCUCCCAUUCUGGAUCCAAUUACAGGAGUAACUCACCUCCAGGAUUCAGGAGGGGAGCUCCGCGCAACGAGUAUAGGUCUCACGAGGGCCGCUCACCGCCUCCGAAGCGUCUCAGGGCGGAUUACAACGCGCCGAAUUUUAAACCAGUUCCGAAUUACUUGAAGGACAAAAAAGUCCCAAAAAAGGUCAAGUUGACAGUGAGUAAAAUUAUUGAACGCGAUGGCGUAUGGCGGAGUCAAGCUGCCGCCAAGAUAGUGAAGGAGAUGUUUACGACAAUCAAUACGAACUCGGCGGUGCCGCAGAACGUGGCGUUUCAUAAGAUGAAGACAGCGGUGCGCAACCGUCUGCUGAUAAUCCUUAACAACAGGCUCGAGGUGAAAAUACCCGACCAAGUAUUGUUGUACCGGCGUAAGUUUAAAACCGACGAGGAUCAGUGCCUUUACAAUCGCAUCAUCAGGCAUAUCCUGCAUGAAAAGAAGCGUAAACCGAUGGAGUCUGACGCACAAGAAGAGGCCGAUGCAGAUCCCGAUGCGCCAAAGAUGAGCCAACCGGCGAAAACCGUUGUGCAACUGACACCUGCGCCUUUGGAACAAGUCCUGGAGAAAUUACCCAAGUACCCGCAAGGUAAAACGCUGAAUCAAAUUCAAAAACAAAUUUUAAAAAAGGAAUUGAAAGAACAGACUUGCCCUCAAUUAGAUCCCGUCAUGAAGAAGGCAGUUGAUCUAGAAAUUGACGCCAUAAGAGAUAUUAUCUUAGCGGAGUGCACAGACCCAAAACACGAGGGCCAGACGAUGUUUUGCAAACGCAUGAACGAAUCAGAUAUUAUGGACGAAAUUAGAAGGAUGAUCACUCUUAACUUGGCCAAACGCCUUCUGAAUUUGGGUACAGUGCCUCUGGUCCGCAUAUUGGGAGUGCCCAAACCGCCCCGGAAGGCGCCGUUAGAUGACUUUCUGAAGACUCGAGGUGUUGUAAGCCUGAAGAAGUCAGAUCGAAAGCCGAUGUACAUAGCCACUUGCAAGUCGUAUGAGAGUUUCGAUAAUUUGUGUGCAUUGAAAGAUGUUGUGAUUGACAAUGUAAAGGUACUGUUCAAGCCCAUGUACCUGACAGCGCCACCAGGGAAAGUUAACCACAACAAGAUACGACAGCAAGCUUAUAAACAAACAGUAGAAAUAACUGCCGAAAAACCUACUGAAGUAAAUGUGAAAACUGAGAAAAAUCCAGAAGAAAUCAAAGGUGACGUAAAUAGUCAAUUACAAGAUAUCAAAAAAGAAAUUGAAAAAUCGGUAACAGAAAUUAAGAAGGAAGUUGUAACUCCAGUUAAAAGUAAACCUGCUAUUCAAAGUAAAGCAGCAGAAGUAAAGCAAGAAGUGUUAAUACCAGUUAAAAAUAAAGAUGAAGAAGAAGGUGGUGAUGAAAAACAUGAUGAUAAUGUAACGCAAGAUGAUGACGAUUAUUAUAAUGAAGAUUAUGGCGAAGAAUAUCCUGUAGAGGAUUCAGAAGUUAAUGAAGAUGAUUUAGAAGAUUAUUAGAUUACUGUCAACGUCGUAGAAAAUAUAAUUAAUUUACUCAUUGUAUAUCAAUAAUAUAAGUUUUAUCAAAUAGUUUAUUUGUUAGUAUUUAGUAAAGCUACGUCAUUUGGAGCUUCUUCCAAAUCAUUAAUCCGUUAAAAAAAUUGCGUGCACGAUACAAUUUUACUGUACUUAGUUUUAGUAUAUUUGGUCUAAGUUUAAAAAAGAAAUGAUUUAUUAGGAAAAUGUUAUAUAAAAGUUUUUACUAAAUCAUAUUGGGCAAUAGAAUAAAAUGAUAAAUCCGA